AUGUCCUCCGACGCGCCCGAACCAUUGGCACCGCAUGACUCGAGUCUGGUUGUCGACGAAGCAGUCACUCUGACUCUAGGCAGUGACUCGCUGCUAAUUGCUGACAACCGCACUUCUCGCCAACAGAACCGUGGCUGCUGCGGACUAUGCAAGUCAACGUCGCUUCCAGACAAAUCUGACUGGUCUCCUCGCUUGAUAGGAAAAAGGACAAACACGACGCAAGCGAUUUGUUUGUAUAAUAUCCUCGAUGCCGAGGUAAAUCCCUCCAACCUUGUCAUCACGUUCGCCGAACACUCCUCGUCAGACGAUGUCACCGUUUCCGUUCUUCAUUAUCCCAUCAGUGAUAAGGAGAAGCCUGCGAUCGAGGCUUGGAGUAACAAACUACUGGACCAGGCAUACGGUAACGCCCAGCGCAGGAGGCGCUUCAAGGUCCUGGUAAAUCCAUUCGGUGGCAAAGGAACAGCAGCGAGCCUCUACCAAACAUAUGCGGCCCCCAUUUUUGCCGCCGCACGUUGCCAGGUGGACGUCCAGAACACUGAGUAUCGCGGCCACGCCAUUGAGAUUGCAGAGCAGCUGGACAUCAACGCGUACGAUGCGAUUGUCUGCUGCUCCGGUGACGGCCUACCCUACGAAGUCUUCAACGGCCUAGGCAAGCGACCCAACGGCAGAGAAGCAUUGGCGAAAGUGGCGGUCGCAUUGCUUCCUUGUGGAUCCGGGAAUGGAAUGACUUGGAAUUGCUUGGGAACAGGAAGCGUCUCGAUCGCGGCUCUGGGACUCGUGAAGGGACAAAGGGCUCCUCUCGACCUGGUCUCAAUCACCCAAGGGGACACCCGUACUCUUUCUUUCCUUUCGCAGUCCUUUGGUAUAGUCGCCGAAUCGGACCUGGGUACGGAUCACAUCCGGUGGAUGGGCGCUCAGCGAUUCACGUAUGGAUUCCUCAUUCGACUGCUGAAGCGUACUAUCUGGCCGUGCGAUCUUCACAUCAAGGUUGAGAUCGAUGAUAAGCAAGCAAUCAAGGACCAUUAUGCCACCUUUGCAGCUCGAGAAGUUGAUCCCAAGGCUGACAAACUACGUCUUGAAGCUGCCGAGCAGUCGCCAGCGCUGCCGGAGCUCCAAUAUGGGACCGUCCAGAGUGAGCUCCCAUCGGACUGGGCGCCCGUUCCAGGUGAAACCAUGGGCAAUUUCUACGCAGGCAACAUGGCCAUCAUGUCAAAGGAUACCAACUUCUUUCCUGCAUCGCUCCCAGAUGACGGACUCAUGGACAUCGUCACCAUUGACGGAACUGUUAGUCGCAUUACCUCGUUGAAGAUGAUGAAUGAGAUCGGUACUGGCGGUUUCUUCGACAUGCCCGAUGUCACUAUCCGCAAAGCCAAGGCCUUCCGCCUGGUGCCUCACGAAAAAGAGGGCUAUAUCAGCAUCGACGGCGAACAGGUGCCGUUUGAGGCCCUUCAAGCUGAAAUUCACCGCGGGCUGGGCACGACACUCUCCAAGUCUGGAGUUCUGUACGAGGCUGACGGGCCGAAGUGA